AUCAAAAAACACAAUUCUUGAAUUUUGAUAUGGCUGGGUGCUAAAAGUGUUCCAAUAUAUGUAGAAACAACACAUGCAAAAUAUUUUUCCAAUACAUGAUGAUUUAGGGGUGCCACCGCACAUCUGUUUUUGUUGGAUAAAGUGGUGAACAGUGCUCACUGGUCGCCAUAGAGCUCUGAGGUAAAAAGACUGCAGCUCAAGAAAACUGAGGCAUUGUACAACACAACCCAUCCCAGGAUCCUUCUCUCCUAAGAUGCUGCACUCACCAACUGGUCCCUGCCAGACUAGCAGUCGCAGCCUGGUCUUUGGUCUGGGCCCCAGCAUCACCAGUGAGGAUGGCAUCAUCACAGGCGCCAAGCUGCCAACUGGUCGUCAGAUCUUACGCUGCAUGCUUGCCAAGAAACCUGGUGCAAAUGGAGCGUUGUCGCAGUUUGAGGCAGCUAAGGUCGUCCUGGAGCAGGUGCGGCCAUUUUACAAGAAGGCCAACAUCCCAAUGGUCAGCGACAAGCGUGCGUGCCACAAGAUGGUAGACUUAGUCAAUGCCAACAAUAAGCUGCGGAAAAUCUCCCAGGCCAAGCGCUCCAGUGAGGCUGCAGCGAAACAAUUGGAGAAAAUGACGUGCAGACUUGAUGCCACAUUUCCGCUGUGGCCUCCAAAUGUUGAAAAGCUGAUUGAUAACCCGGAAGACUUAGUUUUCUUGGCCAGUAUGAAGACCGACAGAGUGGCCACAUUUGGUGUAUUGGACAAAAAGCGGCAGCUCAAGGUUAAGCGACGAGAGGAGCGUGAAGCUGCCGCAGCAGCCAGGCGGUCCCGGUGUGAAAAGGAGCUGGAGGAGAUGACGGCAAUGUCCAGCUUGGUGUCGGAAAGUGAUGAAGAGCCAGAGGAGGAUACUAACACAGUCUCUCCACCAUCUGAGGGCAAACCAUCCCUCAAGCGUAAGAAGACUGGAACAAAUGUCUUCUUUCCACAUGACAUCCUUAGCCGACCAAGUGUCGUGUCACUGGCUACAAGGUUGAAGAUGUCACCAAUGCAAACGCAAGCUAAUCCCUGA